AUGCUGGUGGUGGGAUUGAUGAGUGGCACAUCCUGUGAUGGCAUUGAUGCAGCACUGGUGGAUGUGCCGGCCGAUCUGGCCCAGGGUCGACGUCCGGCCCCGGGUGCCGUCCGCUUGAUCGCGCAUACCACCGUUCCCUAUGAAUCAGACCUCCAGCGCCGUCUGCGGACGCUCAGCUCCGCUCAGGCCGCCGUCACGCUGGCCGAGAUCUGCCGGCUCAACGUCAUGCUUGGCCAAGCCUUUGCUGCCGCCGUCCACUCGUUGAUGGAUUCGCCGGCCACCAACCAGGCCGGCAUCUCCCUGCGCGACGUGGACCUCAUCGGUAGCCAUGGACACACUGUAUGCCACCUGCCGCCAGGCGCAGAAGGUUCCACCGCCCCUGAGGCUGUUGAUGCUGCCAACACCAUUUGUGGCACCAUGCAACUUGGCGAGGCCGCGGUCGUGGCUCAUGACACGGGAUGCGUCGUCAUUUCAGAUUUUCGCACCCCCGACCUGGCGGCCGGUGGCCAAGGUGCCCCGCUCAUCCCCUUUGUCGACCAACUCCUCCUGGCCGAGGCCGGCCGAGCCCGUGCCAUCGUCAACAUUGGAGGCAUAGCCAACAUCACGCUUCUGACCGCCAACGGCAGCGUUGUGGGCUUUGAUACUGGCCCUGGCAACAUGCUUGUCGACAUGGCCGUGGCGCGCCUCAUCUCCGCCGACCUUCGAUACGACCCCGAAGGCUCCCUGGCACGGCAGGGUCAGAUACAGACUGCUCUUCUCGAACGUCUCCUGCAACAUCCCUUUUUGCAACGAACGGGCCCAAAGUCGACGGGCCGCGAAGACUUUGGUGCCUUAUACCUCGAUCAAAUCCUCCGCGAGGAUCUUGUUGGCACCCUGGCCCCGCAUGACGUGCUAGCCACCCUAACUGAAUUUACCGCCGUUACCAUUGCCUCGGGCAUUACCCUGGCCAUCUCCAAUGAAGAGAACGGCCAAUCCCCACCAGCCUCGGGCUCUGAUGCACUCCAAGUCCUCGUCGCCGGUGGAGGCGUGCACAACCUUUUUCUCAUGGAGCGUCUGCAGCAUCACCUACCCCAUGCCACCGUUGCAAGCUACGAAGCCGUUACGGGCUUGAGUGCAGAUGCCCGGGAGGCCGUUUGCUUUGCCCUGCUGGCUGUGCACGCUUAUCACCGUGUCCCAAAUACCCUUGCCAGCACUACGGGUGCAUCAUGCCCGACCAUUGGCGGCAAGAUCUCCUACCCCCCGCCUGCCCGCGUGGCACAGCACACCAGGCGGCGCUCCUCGCAGACUCGUCCCCGGGGUACCCCAGCCGCUGCCGGACCUCUUGCUGCACCUCGCACGAUCUCGACAGCGGCGGCCCAGCCCCCCAACUGGACGGCGCCCAAUCCCAUGGCUCUCCCGCUAGGACCCGACAGCGAGCUUUCCCUACAAGGAUCGCCUCAAUUAGCCUACAUGCUCACCUAUGGCUCGUACAUGAGCCCUCGUUCUAGCGUUCGUGGACCCGUUGUUCCAGGCCUUCCACCUGCACUGAACACGACUGUAGCACCACAGCGGGUGGCCACUACCCAGCCCUUGAAUGCUGGUCUGACCCGUGUUGAAGGCUUGAUGCCGGUCUCUGUUUGCCAGCUGCGCUCGGCCACCAAGAACGGCGAGCACUAUCGUCUCAAUAAUCAGGACAUCGACAAGGUGAUGAUCGUCGGUGUCAUUCGCAGCGUGGAUGCAAGGGCAACUCGUGUCACCUACACCGUCGAAGACCACACUGGUGCCAUCUCAGCCACGCGGUGGUCUAGCAACGCCGGCGAUGAGGAGGAAUCCUCGGCUGCGCCCGAUCUCUAUCGCGAGAACGACUACGUGCAGGUCGUUGGACAGCUUCGCUCAGACAAUGAGAACAACUUGCAACUCACGGCGUACAACAUCUCCAAGCUGACCAACGGCAAUCAGCUGACCCAUCACCUCAUCAGCAUCGUUCAUGCCCAUCUCCGCCUGACCAAACCGCUGUCUAUUGUGUGUCACCUGCUGCAUCAUCAAGCCAGGCGUUGCCGAAUACCAGGCAUCCCUUGCAACUUCUCACAACAAUGCCUUUGUGUGCCUGUUGAAAUAGGACGCCAACGCGCUGGCUGUGGCCCUGGGUACAACCUCCAACAAUGCCAACGAUGCCAACGGUACGCCCAUCGAUUUUUUAGUUGUGGCCGUAACUGGCAGUGGAGCGCAUGGUGGGCUGGGCCGGUGCGUCAACUCAACGCUGCUCUCCAUGCAACGAGUGCAGCCGUGAAGAUCAAAACGGAGGACUACAGCGCUGGCAACAGCGCCAUGAUGACCGACUCGGACGUGUCUGGUCCCGAUGGCAAGGUCUUGCAGGCGUUCCGCCACACGACAGAGGAGGCUGGCAUGUCCAUUGAAGCCGUCGUUGCCGUGACUGGGCUGCCCGAGUCCACCGUCAGGAGUGCCAUCGACACAUUGUCCUCAGAAGGUCAAAUCUACUCAACCAUUGACGACGAGCAUUUCCUGGCGACUUAAUUUUCUUUUUUUCUUCGCAUUCCUAUGGUUUCUUUUCCGAGCCAACCUCGCAGCAGGUGCUUUGUUUAGUUGGAUUGGACCGAGUCGAGCCAAGAUGAAGCAUGAACGCUACGCGUUCUCCCUCCUUCUUCGCCUUGCUCAAUGAUUGUACACUCAUUGUUGUUUCGUUUCCAAAGAAUUCGCGUGUCGUGCCUUGUAUGCGUAUGUUCUGGCAAUGUCACGCAAGCUUUCCCAACGCCUCGGGGCUCGCUGGUCGUCUU